GCACAAUUGAUAUAAACCACAUCCAUUCAGAAGCCGUGGUUUACGGGAUUCGGUCAAUCCAUAUGUCAUGAAGUCCAUAUAUACUUGGGCACUACUGGCCCUUUCGACCGCAGUAAAUGCUCUCAGUUCAAGUGGCCAGCGACUGUUGGUGGUCCUGGAGGACGCGGAGUUGAAAGGGAAAUACUCACAGUUCCUGGGUGACCUCGAAUCGAGAGGAUACCAAAUCAGUGUCGAAUCACCAAAGAACGAUGCUGUCACCCUAUUCAAACACGGCGAGCUCGCCUACGACCACCUCAUCCUCCUCCCCCCGAAAUCAAAGGCCUACGGCCCAAACCUGACGCCCACCAUCCUUCUGGAGUACCUCAAGAACGAAGGAAACAUCCUCCUCCCCCUUUCCGCCAACACGGCCACCCCCACCGGCAUCGUGUCCCUGCUCCUCGAACUCGACAUCCACCUCCCGCCCGACCGCAACGCCCUCGUCGUCGACCACUUCAACUACGACACGCGCUCCGCCUCUGACAAGCACGAUGUGCUCACCCUCCCCCGACCCGGCCCUCUCCGCCCUGAUGCGAAGAACUACUUCGGUGGCGACGGACUCCUCGCCGUCCCCCGCGCCGUAGGCCAGACGCUCGGCAACGCCAGUCCUUUACUGGCGCCGAUUCUGACGGCUCCAGCCACGUCGUACAGCUACAACCCCAAGGAGGACGGCGAGGCGGUCGAGGAGCUGUUCGCGACCGGGUCGCAGAUGGCGCUGGCGACGGGGCUGCAGGCGCGCAACUCGGCGCGGUUGACGGUGCUCGGGUCGGCGGAGAUGUUAGAGGAUGGGUGGUUCGAGGCGCAGGUGCAGGCGCCGGGUGGGAAGAAGAGCAAGGCGGUCAACCGGGAUUUCGCGAGGCAGAUCACGGAGUGGACGUUUAAGGAGGUGGGCGUGCUGAAAGUUGGGAAACUGCAGCACUACUUGAACGAGGGGGCGAACAAGGGAGUGGAUCCGGCGUCCAUUGCGGAGUCGGAGCUGAAUCCGAAGAUUUAUCGGAUCAAGAACGAUGUGACCUACACCAUCGAGCUCUCCGAAUACUCCCACGACCACUGGACCCCCUUCAUCCCCCCCUCCAACGACGCCCUCCAACUCGAAUUCACCAUGCUCUCCCCCUUCCACCGUCUCCCCCUUACCCCCCUCGACACCACCGCAAACAGCACCCUCUUCGGCGCCGCCUUCACAACCCCCGACCAGCACGGCAUCUUCAGCUUCCGCGUCAACUACAAGCGCCCCUUCCUGACCGCCGUCGACGAGAAGGACCAGGUCACGCUGCGCCACAUGGCGCACGACGAGUGGCCGCGCAGCUGGCAGAUUAGCGGCGCGUGGACGUGGAUCGCGGGCGUAUGGGUGACGGUGGGGGGUUGGUUGGCGUUCUUGGCGCUGUGGUUGUAUAGUGCGCCGACGGAUAAGAAGGGGGGCGUGAAGAAGAGGCAGUGAUAGAUGGGCGAUGGGCGAUGUGACGGGGUUUGAUGCGUGCGAUACAAUAGCGCUGCGUGGAUAAAAACUUAUGAACCAGUAAGCGGGUUCCGGGAUGUUUCGGGCGUGGAUUUGUAUAUUACAAUGAAUUGGACUUUUGCUUUACGAGGAUCCGUAGAUUCGGAUGGUCUGCAUCGUCAUUGGGACGAUGAGAACCUGCUUCUGCGGUAUACCGACCCUUUGUCCUCUUGCCUUGCUUUCCGAGCGCUUUAUCCAGCAUCUCCUCGUCCUAGUCAUCACGGCCUUUGGCACGAUACUCCUACCACCCGCAUCGUCCCUGUCAACGUUUUGGUCUUCCUUCAAACAGCAUUGCAUGAUCCACCCUUCCCACCUCGUCUCAGCGUUCUUCUCGCCACCCGCUUCUUUAUAAUCCUUAAUUGAGCGUUAUAUCACGUAGAGUGCUUGGAUUGGCAACGAUGAUACCAGCCCUCAGCCUGUUUAUA